UGCACCAUGGGAAAACUUCUUCCGCGUUGAUCUCAGGGAGUGACAAAUGUUGCUAACUUUCUGCUCUAAAGUGGCAUUAUUACUCUACUAACUUCACUUUCUGCUCUAAAGUGGGAUUAUUACUCUACUAACUUCACUUUCUGCUCUAAAGUGGGAUUAUUACUCUACUAACUUCACUUUCUGCUCUAAAGUGGCAUUAUUACUCUACUAACUUCACUUUCUGCUCUAAAGUGGGAUUAUUACUCUACUAACUUCACUUUCUGCUCUAAAGUGGGAUUAUAAUUCUACUAACUUCACUUAAUUUACUUUCUGCAGUUAGUGUGCUAGUUAGUAAUAGUAAUAGUUAGUAGUAAUGUGUGUUAGUUAGUAAUUGAAUGUAUUAGUUGUCGCGUUAGAGUGCAAUGAGUUGUGGAAACAGAAGAAGACAACUAAGUUGAACUGAAGAAUAACCCAGCAAAGUUUACUUUUUCAUCUCACUACAUCAUCUCUUUCAUCAUGGGAUGUUGUAGCAGCACUGAGAGCAAACGGGACUGGAACCCACUACAGGAGCGCAGCUGCACGGACAUCCCAUGGCUCAUCUUCUUCAGCCUCUUCUGCGUGGGGAUGGCUUGCAUUUGUGGCUUCACCAUCGUGACCGGAGCUACCACACGGCUCGUCUACGGAUACGACAGCUUCGGUAACGUCUGCGGUCACAACAACACCAAGAUCCAGGGAGUGGAACUCAGUGGCCGGAACAUGCUCGACAACAAGUAUGUGUUCUUUCUGGACCCCUGCAACAUUGACUUCAUUAACAGGAAGAUGAAGAGCAUUUCCUUGUGUGUAGCAAAAUGUCCUGAUGCCGAACUGAAGACGCACAAUGAUUUAAAGCAGUUUGCUCUGAAUAAUGGAUCUGCGCUCUGCAGCUACGAUAUUACUCCAUCGAGAUAUCCCAGCCACUCGGAACGACUUACGAAAUGUCCCAAGCUCCCUGUUUCACGGAGUAAGUCCGUGUCGCUGUCCCAUCGUUGUGUCCCAGUGAACAUCAGCUGCUAUGCAGAGCUGGCCCUCUCCUUCUUCAACUUAGUGAGUGACAACAGCGUGGUGCAGCGAGUGGUGGCGGGAGUGAUGGCCAGCAAGGACAUCAUUGUGGGACUCUGCGUGCUGUCCUUAGUUCUCUCCUUGCUGAUGAUGGUGGUCAUCCGCUACAUCUCCAAAGUGAUGGUGUGGAUCAUCACUAUCCUCACCGUCAUUGGCACCAUAGUGGGAACAGGCGUCCUCUGGUGGCUGUAUGCGGACCACAGGAAAGCGCUGAAAAACAACACUGCCUCCGUCUUUGGGAGAGAAGUGGCAAGUGACAACGUGAAGGCACUCCUGGUGUACGCCAUCUUUGCUACAGUUUUCACGGUGGUUCUCCUGCUCGUCAUGGUCAUCAUGAGGAAGCGUGUGGCGCUGACAAUUUCGCUGUUCCAUGUUGCCGGAAAAGUCUUCAUCCAUAUCCCUCUGCUGGUCCUGCAGCCUUUUUGGACCUUCCUCUGCCUCAUCCUCUUCUGGGUCUACUGGCUGGCUGUGCUCCUGCUCCUCGGCAUGUCAGGAAGUGCGGUGAAGAACAACUCCACCAACUUGGUGGAAUACCAGAUAAGCGGACCUGCUCAGUACUUGGUGUGGUAUCACGCUGUGGGGCUGAUUUGGAUCAGCGAGUUCAUCUUUGCCUUCCAGCAGAUGAGCAUCGCUGGUGCUGUGGUCACCUACUACUUCACAAGGGAUAAGUCCCGCUUGCCGGCCACUCCCAUCCUGUCCGCCAUGCUUCGAACCCUGCGCUACCACCUGGGCACUCUGGCCAAAGGCUCCUUCAUCAUCACGCUGGUCAAGAUCCCUCGUAUCAUCCUGAUGUACAUUCACAGCAAACUGAAAGGAAAAGAGAACGCGUGUGCUCGCUGCAUGAUCAAAUGCUGCGUGUGCUGCUUGUGGUGUCUGGAGAAGUGUCUGGCCUACUUGAACCAAAACGCCUACACGGCCACGGCCAUCAACAGCACCAACUUCUGCACCUCGGCACGCGACGCCUUCACCAUCCUGGUGGAGAAUGCUCUGCGAGUGGCGGCUCUCAACACCGUGGGCGACUUUGUUCUCUUUUUGGCCAAGGUGCUCAUCGUGGCCUGUUCGGCCUUUGCCGGCGUGCUGGCGCUCAACUACCAGAGGGAGUACACGGUGUGGGUGCUUCCUCUCCUCAUCAUCUGCCUCUUCGCCUACAUGGUGGCCCACUGCUUCCUCUCUGUCUUCGAAAACGUGGUGGACGUCCUCUUCCUGUGCUUCGCCGUCGACUCCAAGUACAACAAUGGCAGUCCUGGACGGGAAUACUUCAUGGACAAGUCUUUAAUGGAGUUUGUUGAGAACAGCAAGAAAAGCUCUCGCCACAAAGCGGAGGAUGGCAGCGGGCGAGAGAUGAAGCCUAUGGCUCAGUGAAAGGGGCCGUUACAGACGGGGCUGCCUAGAGGGCGCUCACGGUCCAACAACGUUGUGUAAGCCCAGUCCAAGGAACACUCCCACCAAUGAGUUUGUUGUCAGCUAUAACCAUUUAGCUAACUAUUCACUCACCUUGGCUAUCAUUGACGUAACAUGACUGCUAAUUGUUGCUCAAUAGUGAGAGACAACCACUCAUAAUAUUAUUGUGAGAGACAAGCAUCAACGCCACUCAUAUUAUUUGUCCUAUUUUGCUUCAAUUUCAUUUGCAAUUCUAAGAAAUACUGACUUUUUUAUGUUAUAUAUCUUUUUUGAAACCACUAAUUGUAACAUAUGCUUGUUGCAAUUCAAAUUUGCAUUUGGGGAACUUUUUAUUUAUUUUGCCUGUCGUUCACAAUCAUUAUGAGAGACAAGAAGACAUAAUGUUUUGUCUCGUGGCUAGCAAUGCAGCUAGCAAUGUUAGCAAUCAAUUCUACCUCUGAAUCACUUUAAAAUGCAUUCAAUAACCGUCAACAAUACUUCAUUUAUGUUGUGUAACAUGUAUAAUAACAAACUGUAGCAACGUUGUUAUUGUGAGAGCGAACACGGGGGAACUCUUUUUGCUAGCUGUAAAAGCUAACUACGGAAAGAGAUAAGCUAUCUUCUAGAUGAGCACAAAACACACGUGUGUUUGUAACACACAACACAAUGAGAUAGGACACUAAUAUGUACUGAGUGAAAAACAUCAACAAUCAUAUUACAGUAUCUGUCAAGUAUUAUUUCAUCUUUUGUUUCUAUCAUGGUCAAUAUUAAAGUCACACACUCCAUGGACAGUUGUGCGUUUAGCCCAUGUUUUUUCCAAGGUUUUAUUUGGGUAAGCACUCCGUGCUUACCCAACUAUGUUGAAAUAGCUUUGUUUCAAUUUACACAAUUACAGCACCAAAGUGACUUCACCUCAGUCUCUGGGCUUCCAUCUUCUCCGACAUUUCACUCUUCCUUCAUACUUCAUCCUCUGUAUAUUCAGCUUCAAAAAGAUAAGGUCGUGUAUCCGUGGACAGUUGUGCGUUUGGUCCAUGUUUUUUCCCGUGUUAUUUGGGUAAGCACUCCAUUUAUGUUCAAAUAGCUUCGUUUCAAUUUCCACAAUUACAGCGCCAAAGUGACUUUCACCUCACUCUCUGGGCUUCCGUCUGCUCCGACGUCUCACUCUUCCUUCAUGCUGGCUUCUAGAAGCAGUAGUUCAUCCUCCGUAUAUUCAUCAUAUUACAGUAUCUGUCAAGUAUUAUUUCAUCUUUUGUUUGUACACAGCUAGCCAGACAGUGUGUGUACUGUAGUUGUAAUAACACACAUGACGUGUAUCAUGAUCCAUAUUAAAGUGACACACUCCGUGGACAGUUGUGCGUUUGGUCCAGGUUUUUUCCCGUGUUAUUUGGGUAAGCACUCCAUUUAUGUUGAAAUGGCUUCGUUUCAAUUUCCACAAUUACAGCUCCAAAGUGACUUUCACCUCACUCUCUGGGCUUCCGUCUUCUCCGACGUCUCACUCUUCUUUCAUGCUGGCUUCUAGAAGCAGUAGUUCAUCCUCUGUAUAUUCAGCUUCAAAAAGAUAAGGUUGUGUAUCCUCAUUUGUCCAAAAAUUGCAGUCUUCGUUGUCCGUUACCAAGUCUGCCAUGAUUGCAACACACUUGCAUUUUUUUGUUCAGAAGAAGUGGUAAGUGCACUUCUAUGGAAACAGUUAAUAUUGUCAUGAAGAUGUCUGUUACUACAUAUAUUAUAUAUAUUUGCAACAAAAGAGGUGUGUUCUUGUCUCAUAAUGAUUGUGAACAAAAGGCAACAUUAUAAACAAAGUGCAUGACAUAGAGCAGCAUUAAGUGAUGUUAAAAAAGGCCCAAAAAGAGCGAAAACCGAUUGGAAGUGUUUUGUUUUUGUCUGCCACUCAUGUUUGUGGUUGUGUUACAUCAUUGUUUACACUCUAAAUAGAUAUUUGAUUCUAUUUGAAAGGGGACCUAUGUUGAUUGUUCCUCUUUGUGACUUGUUAAACAAUGUCAAAGUGUCCAUUUCUAAGGUUGCUGCAUUUGUCCGUGAGCUUUGAAAGGCCGGCGUUAUUGCAGUCUGCUCACAAGGAGGCGGAGCUUCUUAUUUUGGACAAACAGUAAAGCUCUCAGCCAGAUGGGGGAGGAGCUGAAACACAAGGAAAGGUAGGAUGAAGCAUGUUCAUCUCAUGGUGACACUGCAACAUGCAGUGUUAACUUAUCCAGACUUAAAUGUAACAUGCAGUGUUAACUUAUCCAGACUUAAAUGUAACAUGCAGUGUUAACUUAUCCAGACUUAAAUGUAACAUGCAGUGUUAACUUAUCCAGACUUAAACGUAACAUGCAGUGUUAACUUAUCCAGACUUAAACGUAACAUGCAGUGUUAACUUAUCCAGACUUAAACGUGACAUGCAGUGUUAACUUAUCCAGACUUAAAUGUAACAUGCAGUGUUAACUUAUCCAGACUUAAAUGUAACAUGCAGUGUUAACUUAUCCAGACUUAAAUGUAACAUGCAGUGUGCAGGUGUUAACUAUCCAGUUUUAAAUGGUGAUACCUUGCAGGGGGCGGGGCCUACUUUCAUUUGGGAAGGCCUCCACAAACAUAGACAGGAAGUAGUUAUGAAUGUGACACCUAAUGGAUACAUAUUAUCUUGACCACCAGGACAUGUAGAUGAAAAUCACCAUAGGGCCCCUUCUAAUAUUAACCAGGGACGAAACAUGGUUGAACAUGUUUGCUUGUAUUUCUAGGACGCUUGGCAGUAACCCUUGUCUAGAGUUCUUUUUUCUAUUUCAAAUAAAAGCCAAA